UGGCGAGCACUGAGCAGUAUGCAUAACAAUUUUUCUCGUACAGCGUACUUCAUUUAUGCGAGACUUUAAGGUUAGGCUUCCGAUUUUGUCGUUCUAAAAUAUUAUAUAUUUAAGAAAAUUUUUCAGUAUUUUUUGGGCUUGUAACUGUUACAUCAUAGUCACAAGCAAUGGAUUCUCUAUCCACUGGAUCUCUAAGCGGCGCACAGAAGGAAGAUUUAAUGGACCAAGUCAAACAGCAGAUAGCAAUAGCUAACGCUCAGGAGUUACUGACAAAGAUGUCCGAAAAAUGUUUUAAAAAGUGUAUCAACAAACCUGGCACUUCAUUGGAUAACUCCGAACAGAAGUGCAUAGCAAUGUGCAUGGACAGGUAUAUGGAUGCCUGGAAUCUAGUUUCUAGGACUUACAGCAGUCGCAUUCAACGGGAAAGAAACAACAUGUGAAUAUGUUUACUGGCAAACAAAUCUUUUGAAAGUGAAAUUACAGUGCUGUAUAUAUUGUAGAGAACUUACUAGAACCAGAAAAUGUUACAAAUAUUCUGUGUGUUGCAAUUGUCUGUUAUGUUUAUCAUUAAAAUUAAUUUAGGUUA